CUUGAGUCGAGGCUGAACAUGAUGAGUGCUCUAGCGUGAUCCGCCGGCCCCACAUUCGAUCAAUUAACGCGUCCGCGUCUGUCGAACGCGUCGUCCCACGUUUUGUCGCAGCAGUCAACACUUCACGAAACCAUGGCUUCAGAAAAUCGAUUACGCAGCCGACAGGCGCACGCCCCCGGCGCAACCUACCUCGCCUACACACCGAACGGAAAGAAGCUCAUAACGGCUGGAGUGGACAACUACUGUCGUGUGUUCACAACUGGCUCUGACGAUGAGCCGAUUACCGUGGACGAUUGUCAAGAGAAUAAUGCGGCGGUCGUGGCUGGGAACGGCUUCUUCAUCACCGGUUCCGAGGACGGUACAGUGAGCAGGUUCUCGCUCGAGGGCAAUAAGUUCGAGGAGAUUCUUGUUAGGACAACGCUACCUGUUCGAGAUGUAGCGCUGAGCCCGGACGGAAAAUGGAUCGCGGUUGCGAGCGACGAACUCUCGGUGAGCAUCGUCAACACGAAAGAUAUGACCAAAGUACGGACACUACGCGAGCAGCCACGUGCAGUAAAGCACGUCUCGUUCGACAAGAAAGGCGACCACCUGGCAAUUUCCUGCACCGAUGGCAACAUCUAUGUAUACAGCCUCGAGGGAGACGAGCCUGAGAUGGUCAAGAAAGUGGAUGGUAUGAUAAAGAGCUUGGAGACCGAGUCUGAGUCGAGCUCAAGGGUGCUAUGGCAUCCUGACGGCAGGGCCUUUGCUACACCCACCGCACUGCGCGACGUGCAGGUCAUGUCAACGUACGACUGGGCAAGACAGCGUGUCUUCAAGACGAGCCAUACAGCAGACAUCACAGCGGCAGCUUGGUCGCCCAAUGGCGCACUUCUUGUCACAACUUCGCACGAUCUAGACAUGAAGCUGUGGGAUACGAAGACACAGAAGCUGCUGAAGAUCUUCGGCGAUAUCAAAGCGACUAUCUUGGCCAUGGUCUGGCAUCCUAGCGAAAACACUUUGUCGUACACAAACAACGAGGGCGAGCUGUUCAUCCACACAGACUUCGUACCAGAGGAGCAUCUGCCAUUGCUCAACAAGCCGACUGUCUCAGCACCUUUCUUCCACGACCCCUCAGAAGGCCGAGCCGGGCUUGCGCCUGCACCUCAGGCGAAUGGCACGACACGAGAACUGCCAGGACGACCACGGCAAAGAGAUGGCACACCAGAUUCUCUGGAUGACCUUCUCGGUCCUGACUUUAGAGAUGACGAGGCGAGAGAUGACGGCGACGAGGACAUGGAGGACUUCGUUGUUGAUGACGACGGUGCAGGCUACGCACAAGGAGUCAAUGGCCAUGGCAAGCGCACAAGUGACCACCUCAAUGGCGUUGAACCGUCAGCUAAGAAGCGAGCAACCACCAGCUCUCUGUUCCAUCCACAGAUCCACGAGCCUUUCCAGCCAGGCAGUACACCGUGGAGAGGUAACAGACGACUGCUUUGCUGUUCCUUGACUGGCAACGUAGAGACCGUCUCCCAGGAAGGCCGACACCAUACCGUUACUGUCAACUUCUACGACCAGCAUACUUUCCGCAACUUCCAUUUCACAGACAUCUUCCUCUAUGACAAAGCUUGCCUCAAUGAGAAUGGCACACUGUUCGCGUGCCAAGCUAACAGCGCCGGCGAUGGCAACCCAGCGAUGAUCUACUAUCGCCCGCAUGAGACAUGGACAACUCGGACAGACUGGCGCACCAAUCUUCCUACGGGCGAGUCUGUGACCGCAAUCGCACUCUCCGACUCCUACGUCUGUGUAACAACCAGCACAAACUACGUGCGCAUCUAUUCUCUCUUCGGCCUUCCCAUCCGCGUCUACCGCCAGAAGUCCUCACCAGCUGUGACCUGUGCCGCAUGGCGGGACUAUAUACUCACCAUCGGCAACGGGCCCGUCCAAUCGGAUCUGUCAACACAACUGCUCUACACGAUCGAGAACAUUAAGCACGACACCAUCUACCAGGACUCGGACAUCCUCGCCUUGCCCCCAAAUACAACCCUCGAGUCCGCAUUCUUCUCAAUGUCAGGCGACCCAUACAUCUACGACUCCUCAGGCGUGCUGCUCACGCUGCUAAACUGGCGUACAAACGGACAAGCGCGCUGGGUGCCCAUGCUAGACACACAGCAACUCUCUCGCCUCGCGACAGGCGGGAAAGAGGAAACAUACUGGCCUGUCGGCGUCGCGCCCUCAUCUACCGGGGAACAGAAGUUCCACUGUAUGAUCAUAAAGGGCCGGGAGCGGUAUCCGUCCGCGCCGGUACCGCACCUGAGCGAGUUCGGGAUGGAGAUCCCACUCAGCAGCGCUAUUGAUAAGAAGGCUUUGCUCGGUGCUGACGCAGAGGAGGGGAGCGAUGACGAGGAUGCGGGGCGGAAGAAGGGUGAGACGAAGCAGCAGGAGCAUGAGCAAGCGUUUAUCCUCUCGUCCACGUUACACACGCAGCUCUCGUCCACGCUGACGCAUACACGGCCAUCGGCGGACCAGAAAAGGGGUCUCACGAAUCUUGAGGUUGCGAUCGAUCGUGCGCUACUGCAACUUCUCGGCCUGGAGUGUCUCGCAGGCGAAGAUCAUGGUAUGAAGGCGCUGGAGAUCGUGAGCCUGAUGCGCAAUGCGAAUGGCAAGAUGCUCGAUCUGGCUGGAAAGGUUGCUAGCCGGUAUGGGAGGGAUGUGUUGGGAGAAAAGAUCAGGGAACUUGCCGAGAACAAGGCUGCUAGUAGAGAGGAUGACGACGACGAGUAUGUAUGAGACUUUGUUCAACGGAAGAUUGACUUUUGUUUUGUUCAGCUGGACUUCAGAACGAGCAAUGUUCGAUGCAUUUGAUCUCAGAGCAGACAUCUCCACGGAUGCAAGUGAAGCAAUUUAUCGUGCAUUAGUAAGAGAGUAGUAACAGAGAAAGAGGACAAUCCAUCC